ACCCACUGAUGAGAAAGCAAUUCCCUCCCCCCCUUCCACAGUGGGCAGAACAACCCGGCUGUGUUUCUUGCCUUGGAAUCUUGUCUCCAUGGCAGUGAUCAGCCAGUGGCAUUGACAGGACGGAUAGGCCUUAUCAUCUGUCCUGGACUGAGCCUGGGCAAUCUUUCAAGCUGGGAACCGCAGCAAUCAGUUAAAGUAGCAGGAGGAGCAGCUCCCCAGUCAGUGUGCAGGAAAAUGGACGUAACUAUGGCUGUUCUGUUGGCAUUGGUUCUGGGACUUCUUCUGGUCAAGUUUGCUUUGUUUCAGCCAAGAAACCCAAAUUCCCCACCUUGCGUUAGUGGCUGGAUCCCUUGGUUGGGAGCUGCAUUUGAGUUUGGGAAAGCUCCCCUGGAGUUUAUAGAACAAGCCAGAGUCAAGUAUGGGCCAGUAUUCACAGUGUUUGCUCUGGGAAACCGAUUCACCUUUGUGACUGAGGAAGAGGGGAUUGAAGCAUUUUUUACAUCUAAGGACAUAGAUUUUGAGCAGGCGGUGCAGCAAACGGUCCAGCGCACAACUUCAGUUCCUGCAGAAAUCUUUUAUCGGAACCAUAGUAGACUCUCUAGCAUGAUGAAAGGAAAAAUGGGUACCUCUAGCCUGUACCUUUUUGCUGGGACUCUGUGUCAAGAAUUACACGAGCACAUGGACUGCUUGGGCACAGCAGGAACUGAGAAUCUCAGUGAUCUAAUAAGAUCUGUCAUGUAUCCGGCAACCGUAAAUAUCUUAUUUGGAAAAGGUGUCUGUCCAACAAACAAGAGUGACAUCAAGGAGUUUGAAGAGCAUUUUCAGAAGUAUGAUGAGGAUUUUGAAUAUGGGUCCCAGAUGCCUGAGUAUUUUAUGAGAAACUGGUCUAAAUCCAAAAAAUGGCUUCUAAAAGUGUUUGAAAAAGUGGUAUCAGACGCUGAGAGAGCCAACCCGCCAGAAAGCAAUUCCAAGACACUGCUGCAGCAUCUCCUGGAUAACUUGCAUGGAAAACAUUUAGCUCCCAAUUAUGCUCUCUUAUUGCUCUGGGCUUCCCAAGCGAAUGCUAUGCCUGUGGCAUUUUGGACCCUGGCAUUUAUACUAUCCCACACUUCUAUUUACAAGAAGAUCAUGGAGGACAUCGUUUCUGUUUUUGGCAAAGCAGGUAAAGAGAAUAUUGAAAUAUCUGAAGAUGACCUUAAGAAGCUUCUCUUAAUUAAAUGGUGCACUUUGGAAGCCAUCCGACUAAGGUCUCCAGGUGCAAUCACUAAGAAAGUGGUGAAUCCAAUAAAAAUUCAGACUUUCACCAUCCCUGCAGGUGACAUGCUGAUGUUGUCUCCAUAUUGGGUGCAUAGGAAUCCAAAAUACUUUCCUGAUCCUGAAACAUUCAAACCUGAUCGUUGGAAAGAGGCAAAUUUAGAGAAGAAUGCUUUCUUGGACGGCUUCGUGGCAUUUGGAGGAGGGAAGCAUCAAUGUCCAGGAAGGUGGCUUGCUAUAAUGGAGGUUCACAUGCUAGUCGUUUUGUUCCUUUACAAAUACGAAUUUAUUCUUUUGGACCCAGUACCAAAGGAGAGCCUUCUCCAUUUAGUGGGGACACAGCAGCCCGUGGGAGCAUGCCGGGUUCAGUAUAAACUCCGGCAAUGAAAGCUGACUUGACUAACUCUGGUUCCUUUGCCAGCCGCUGUCUGUGACGGACCAUUGCUCUGUUUCACUUUGGCAUGUCCUAUGUGCCCAAUGUAGUCAGUGCCAUAAGCAGAUUUUUAAAUAGUUUCAAAUGCUGUAUGUACUCUGCGUAGUUUUUAUAUCAUGCCCAUCACUGUGGUAUCUAAGCACCUGGGCCUGAU